AUGGCGUUGCUCGAGAGUCACCUGGAGCAAAUCGCCCUCUCAUCCAACGCAAUCUCAGAGCUGCCCUUCCCUCCGCCACGGAUAUUUACGAAUGCUCUACUCGGCCCCCACGAUAUCACCACGUUGAUCCGCGACACGGAGACUCAUGAGCGUGCUCUAUUCCAGCUGGACCCUUCUGCGAAGCCCACCAGGUCGUCGCAGCGACGGACGACGCGAUGGGGGGGCGAGGCGGAGGGAGGGUCGAUGGCUAGCCGUAUCUAUGUCGCACGGAACAACCGCAGCCAGUCGGCGGUCGCGAGAGUGCUAGGCCCCGAUAUGAUGGAAGAGAUUAAACGGUCCGCAGGCACUUCUACGAGAGGAUCCCGCGGGGAAGUGGAUAUCGAUGUGCUUCUGAAAGGCGCGGAGAUCCUCUGUAACGUAUACCCCGUCGCUGGUGCGCAGGAGAAGAUCGCAACACUCCGAUACCGCCACGAGACGAUAGCAGAGUCCCUGUCCCGGCUGGAGGAGCGUGUGGAUCAUAACACCGCCGAGCUCGAGCAGAUGAGUCGGUCCUACGGAGAUGGAUAUGAUGAUUAUGGGACCACCAGUGCUCAGUCUGAGAUCCCAACCAUCACAGAUGAAGACAUAGAACGAGAAUUACAAGAAAUCGCAGCCCUAGAACGCAGGAAGCGCAAGCUAGAAGAACGCGUGAGCGGUAUGGAAAGGGAUCUCGGCGAUCUAUUAGGCUGA